AUGGCGCGUCGAAAACAGGUUAACCCUUCUCGCAGUCGAGCAUCGCGCGCCGCUUGCACACCAUCCGAAGUCGUUGAAGUUCCACCGUUAGAUUUGGCAGUCUCCCACGUGCCUCCGGCACCUCUUUCCUCACCCACGCUUGUCGCUCCGCAAAUUGAAGGCAGACAGCGCAGACCUGACGGCGACGGUAGCGGCGGCAGCCAGCUAGCCGGCCAAUCCGAUGCCUGGCGUAUAAUAUGGGUCAAGCUAGGGGAUCCUGAAGGUGCUGAUGUGGCAAUACUGGGACCAUUCUCACCGUCGCAGCAUCCGAAUUGCACUCCCCUCCACGUUCUCAACCAGCAAAGCCGCAGCGGUUGCGCUUCCGCUGCUUCUAGCGGCGCCACACCUACCGUGACGCCCGGUAGUGUCAUACUCGAUAGCGACAUACCCGAUAGCGAAAUACUCGAUAGUGGCGAUCCGCUGGGUCGUCUAGCCGUGCUUCCUGCGUUCUUAGAGCGGCACGGAGGAGCGCGCGGGGAAGAGGGCGGCGUGGGCGCGGGCGAGGGGCGGGCGGGGCUGCAUGCGUGCCUGAGCGUGCGCGAGGGCCGUCGCACGGGUGGCGAGCCGUGUGGGCGCGCGCAGGUGCUGCGGGUGCGCGCGGAGGACGUGGUGCUUCACGUGGUGCGCGCAGAGGAGGGCACAGGGGAGCGCGCAGGGGGAAGGGAGGGGGAAAGGGAUGGAGAGGCGGAAAAAGGGAGGGGAGGGGAAGGGGUUGGGGGUGAGGAUAGGGAGAAGUGCGAGGUGUGGGAGGAGGAGGAGAAAGGGGAGAGGGAACGAGGGGAGGCGGAGGGAAGGGAGGGGGAGAGAGGGCGGAGGGCGGAGAUAGUAGUGUCUGUGAGGGCGAGUGAAGUGAGGCAGCUGCAGCACCCACGUGCCUUGCACGCGCUGCUGUACCUCGCAGAGAGGCACCUCGUUACUGUCACACCCUACCUCGCUGCUACAGGUCACAGCAAUACAGCAGCGGAAGCAGGUGCGGCAGAAGCACGCCCAGCAGCGGAAGCAGGUGCAGGGCCAUGUGAAUCACAUGUGUGUCUGUGUGGGUGCGUGUGGGUGGCGGUAGGCAUCCCCUGCAGCCUAGCCCCCACUCUACCCCUACCGGAUGUGCGCGCCCCUCUGCUCUCCCCGCUGCUCAACUCUGUGCGCCGCCCCUCCCAUUCGCCCCACAUGCGCGCCCUCAUGGCCCGCCUCGCCCCCAUCGCCCUGCCCCACGCGCCCAUGCCCCCUUCUGAGGUGUCUCAAGGUACGCAUGUGGAAGAGCAUGGGGGUGAGGUGGAGGAUGCGUGUGGAAGCACGAGCUGGAAUGCUCGCACCCCCCCGCCUUGCGCCUGCCAGCCUGGACAUGAUGCUCAUGACGUGGCUACUGCUGACGUGGCUACUGCUGAAGUGGCUAAUACUGACGUGGCUGUUGAUCUAGGUGGAGAAGAUGGGGUCAAGGAGAAGAGCGAACGGGAGAAAGGGAAGGGGAAGAGUGACGAGGGAAGCAACACAGGCGUGACAGUGGAUGGUGGCAGGGGAGGUGGCGGCGAUGCCUCUGGCUGUGCCUCUGCUUCUGCGGCUGCUAGUGGCGAUGAGGCUGGUGCAGCGGAGGCGCAAGGGGGAGUGCAUGGCAGCGUAUAUGGCAGGGGGUAUGGCAGGGUGCUUGUGGGCAGCUGCUUUGACCUUGCUCAGCUGUACGCUGCUGUGCAUCCCAGCAGGAACCUUCCACCACUUGCCACGUGUCCUGCCGGCCUGCUGCCUUCGCUGAGGCUGUACCAGAGCCGGGCCGUGGCGUGGAUGGUGCAGCGCGAGCAGGGCGCUCAGGGGGGAUGUGGGGAAGGCAAGACAGGGAGACAUGUGGGCGGUGGGGAGGGGGAUGCGGUGCUAGGGGAGCAGCAUGGAGGGUGGAGCCAUGCGGAGCAGCAGCAGCAGCAGCAGCAGCAGCAGCAGCAGCAGCAGCAGCAGCAGCAGCAGCAGGGGUGGGGAGUGGCGGAGCAGCACCCGUUGUGGCGGCGGGUGACAGCAGGCAGCGCCACUGACCCCUUGUCGCAGCCGACUCACACCAGCACCGCCCCUGGCGCCACUCUCCUCUACAACCCCUUCCUAGGCACAUUCGUCCGUCUUCCCCCCUCCGCCUCAUGUGCAAGGGCUGGGAGGCAGCCGCAGGGGGAAGAGGCAGUGGGGCAUGGGGGGAAGAGGGAAAGCGGGGAGAUGCAGCGAAGUGGCUCCUCAUUGGGUCCAGGUCUGGUGAGCCAAGGUCUGGCGAGUGCAGGUUGGGGGAGUGGUGUGUGCGGGUGGGUGGGUGAAGUGGCGGGGGCAGUGAGAGGCGGCAUUGUGGCGGAGGAGAUGGGGCUGGGGAAGACCGUUGAGGUGCUUGCUUGCAUCCUCGCCCACCGCUGGAGGGGCGGUGGGGGUGAGGGAGAGGGGGAGGAGGCGGAGGAAAUUGUGUUGCAGGGAGAGCAGGUGACAAGAGGAAAGCGUAGGAGGGGGGAGGUAGAGGAUGAGGGGGUAAUGGGGAAGAGGAGGGGAGUGCUGAGAGGUGAGGAGCGGUCGGUGGAGAGGAGAGGAGAUUGGGCAUGUGGGGAGAAAGCGGAGGGGCUGGAAGGGUGGGAGAGUGUGGUGGUCGAGAGGGGAUGGCAGGAGAUGGCAGGUGGAGUGGCGGAGGAGAGGAUGGGGAUGGCAAGAGGCGGGUGGAUGGAGAGAGCAGUGAGGGAAAGGGCGGCGCGGGCAGCAAAGGGAAAUGCGGGGAUGGCAGCAGAUGGAGGGAUGGAGAGAGAUUGUGUGCAGGAGGCAGGCAAGCAGCGCAAGGGAGUGGAGGAGGGCAGGUGGGGAAGAGAGAGGAGGGGUGGGUGGCGUGAGGGGGAGUCGGAGGCGGUGAGGGAGGAGGUGCCUGCAGUGACUCUUGAUGACCUGGCAGCUGCUGACAUUGUGCUGACGUCAUAUGACACGCUGCGUGGCGAUAUCUGGCACGAUGUGGGUGGGCAGGGACACGUGGCAACACGGCAGCUGAGAUAUGAGAAGAGGUGCGUGGCAGGGGUGUGUGUGAUGCUGGCUGCGGUGGUGGCGGGUGUGUGUGGACGCAGCGCAGCAGGUGAAUGGGGGAGCCUCCAACGCCGCCAGAAUGGGGGCCUGCCUGCCCGCCCUCCCUCACCUGCUUGCUGUCCCACCCCUUCCUCUAGGUACCAAAUCCGCCCCACACCACUAACGCGUCUGCAGUGGUGGAGGGUGUGUCUGGACGAGGCGCAGCUGGUGGAGGGGGGGGCGUCCAACGCGGCCCUCAUGGCGGCCCGCCUGCCAGCGCGCCUCCGCUGGUGCGUCUCCGGCACGCCGCUGCACCGCGGCCUCCCUGACCUCCUCGGCCUGCUCCGGUUCCUCCGAGCCUCGCCGUUUGACGGGCCUCACUGGUGGCGGCAUUUUUUCCAGCUGCCUAUCCAGUUCAACUGUGAUGCCAAGUUCAACUGUGAUGCCAAGUUCAACUGUGAUGCCAAGUUCAACUGUGAUGCCAAGUUCAACUGUGCUGCCAAGUUCAACUGUGAUGCCAAGUUCAACUGUGAUGCCAAGUUCAACUGUGCCUUGUGCUCUGCCCCACUGGUUCGUUCGCCCUUGCCCUCUCUCGUCUCGACUCCUCCCUCUUUAACUCCCCCCCUCAUAUCUCUCCAACGCCUCCCCCCCUCCGCCGCCUCCCCCUCUUUGGCAAUGCCACGUCAGAAUGGAUGCUUGGCAGCAUGGCACGCGCUCCUGGCCCUCAUGUCGAGGCUGAUGUGGCGCCAUCACAGGGCCGACGUGGCAGACGAGCUGGCGCUGCCACCUCAGCGGCAGCUGCUGACAGUGCUGCGGUUCAGCGCCAUAGAGGCGCACUUCUACCGCCAGCAGCACGCCAAGUGCGCCCAGCGUGCCACCAGCAUGCUGCGCUCCGUGACACGCGGGGGCCGGAGAGGGGGAGGGAGGAGAAGCGGAGGAGGAGUUGGAGACGGAGUGGGAUUAGAUGGGAGAGGUGAUGGGGAUGGGGAUGCAGAGGCGGAGGGGGAGCAGCAAUGGCAGGGAGGGGGCAGAGAGUGGCAGCAGCAGCAGGAGCAGCUGGUGCUGGGGGCACGGUCAUUAGCGGGUGCAUGUCGGGGCGACAUGGAGCGGUUCCUGGCGUCGCUGCUGCUGCUGCGCCACGCCUGCUGCCACCCUCAGAUCGGCUCGGGUGGGCUCAGACCGCUGGGAUCACAGGGCCGCCCCAUGCACAUGGGCGAGGUGCUGCAGGUGAGAUGCGUGGUGCAGGUGAGAUGCGUGGUGCAGGUGAGAUGCGUGGUGCAGGUGAGAUGCGUGGUGCAGGUGAGAUGCGUGGUGCAGGUGCUGUUGGAGAAGGCGCGGGUGGAGGCGGAGGAAGCCCAGCGUCUCCUCAUCUCCGCCCUCAACGGCCUCGCUGCCCUCGCCGCCAUCCACGCCCCCGCCCUCCCCCUCCACCUCUCCUCACGCCCCACCCCUUCCUCCUCCUCUCACUCUCCCCUCCUCAUUGACAAGAGUGUUGAGCAGUGGCGCGCGGGGGCGGUGCAGGCGGUGGGCAUUUACCGUGACGUACUGCGCCUCAUGGAUGGCCAUGGGCCCGCCCAUGUUGAGACAGCGAGGGGAUGGGAUGGGGAUGGAGAUGGGGAUGGGGAUGGGGAUGGGGACGGAGAUGGGGUUGGGGAUGGGGAUGGGGAUGGGGAUGGGGUUGGGGAUGGGGAUGGGGAUGGGGAUGGGGAUGGGGAUGGGGAUGGGGAUGGGGAUGGGGAUGGGGUUGGGGAUGGGGUUGGGGAUGGGGAUGGGGAUGGGGAUGGGGUUGGGGAUGGGGAUGGGGAUGGGGAUGGGGAUGGGGAUGGGGAUGGGGAUGGGGAUGGGGAUGGGGAUGGGGUUGGGGAUGGGGAUGGGGAUGGGGAUGGGGAUGGGGAUGGGGUUGGGGAUGGGGAUGGGGAUGGGGAUGGGGAUGGGGAUGGGGAUGGGGAGGAAGGCAGAGAGAAGGGGUUGUGUGUGGGUGGCCCCCUCCCACAAGGCGGUGUGCUGCGCACAGACCCCCUGCAGCGCCUGCACGUGCUGCACAACCUGCAUGACCUGCUCGCCCUGUUGCACGCCACCAGGGAUGGAGAAGGGACGGGAGAGGGUGGGCAGGGGUGCAGUGCGGUGGGGCCUGGUCGUGAUGGAGCAGGGUUGGGUGUGGCGCGGACACUGAGGGACGAGCGGCUGGAGGCGGAGAGCAGCGAGGUGAAGGAACGCUACCUGGCGCCCGUGAGGGCCCGUGCUGCUGCUGCUCACAGGGCCUUCGAGGAGACACACUCUCAGGUGGAGGCCCAUCUGGCAGCGGCACGUCUCUCCACCGCCACCACCCCUUGGUGGCUCACGCUCCUCACCGCACUGCACUCCUCUGCACCGCCCGGCAUGGCGGAGAGCGUCACGGCACGCUUGCACCGUGCACUACUGGAUGACGACCACCGCCCGGCCCACACCCACAACAUGGCCAGCCUUGGGCUCAGGUUCCGCACGCUGCACGGGGUGCGGCUGGUGCUGGCAGGAGAGGUGGACUCGCUGCUGGCGGGCAGGCACAAGGUGCUGCAGCGCGUGCUGCAGGCGGGGGGCCAGGUGGCGGCGCAGGGCGUGCAGGGCAGCCUCGUCGCACAGGCAGGCUCGUGUGCUCGCUGCUGUGCCGGGCAGGAGGGGGAGGAGGGGGCGGACGCCAGGGGGGCUGGGGGGUUGCUGGCUGGGGUGGGUGGUGAGAGGGGGAUGGAAGUGGGUCGGGGGGAUGAGUGCUGCAUGCACUGCAAGACACAGGAGCUCUUCGAGAGCUAUCAGCGGCGCCUCUUCCACCUGCGCCUCUCCUCCGCCCCCUCCUCCCUCCCCGCCUCGUCCCCCUCUGACCACCCUCACUCUCCCCAUCCCUCCGCCUCGCCCCACGACCUCCUGCACGUGCUCCAAUCCACUCUCGGCGUGCGCGGCACCCCACUCAUCGCAGCGGCAUCAGCAGGGGGAGUAGCACCAGUAGGGGGGCAGGGUGGGAGGGGGAGGGGCAGCAGGGGUGAGGCAGGGGGCGGGGCGAGUGGGGCAGAGGGGAAGGGGGGGACGGUGGUGUGGAACCCCUCUGACACCGAGAGGUGCCUCGCUGUGCUGGCGUCUGUGCUGCAGUCAUUGCCACGUGGCAUCAUCCCAGAGGACGAGCAAGCCAGCCUGGCAGCUGCGGCGUCCAGCUCUUUGGAGGCUCUGGAGUCCUGUGCCUUGUGCAGCCGCCUUCCCUCCGCUGCUGCUCCCUCCCUGCACACCAGGCGAUGCGUAAGGAGUUCCUGGUGGUCCGAGCAUGGUCGGAGGCGACUUUUGAGUCGACUCAAAUGUCAUCUUUCCUCUGCUGCUGCUCCCCUCUCCACACACCAGGCCAUGCGGAGGGAGUUCCUGGUGGCGCGAGCGUGGUCGGAGGCGCAGAGGGGAGUGCUGCGAGCGCUGGACGAGCUGCACAUGGCCGUCACGCGAAUCACGCUGCGCCACGUGGAGGAGCCACCACCUGCCACGUCAGCAGCAGCGGCACGCAUGGCGCGUGUGAGCGAGGAGGAGGCAGCAGCGCUGAGCGUGGUGCUGACGCAUGACAGGCUGGCAGUCGAUGCUCAGCUGCAGGCCAGCCGCGCCCAGCUGAGGUACCUGCGCGGGCUGGCUUCUGCUCGCCGGCGCGCGGUGCAAGGCGGGGGAGGCGUGGAGACGGAGAUGGGUGGGGCGGAGAGGGAUGGGAGAGGGAGUGGGAAGGGUGAGAGUGGGGAGAGCGUUGAAGGAGAGCAGGAGGAGGGGGAGGAGGAGAGCUGCCCGGUGUGCAGGGAAGCGUUGGGCAGUGAGCUGUCGGUGCUGCCAUGCGGCCAUCUGCUGUGCUGCAAGUGUGAGUGCUCUCCAUCCGUUUCAUCCCUCAGUGUGUCAUCUCACUGUGCCAUCUUUCAUCGCGUCGUUCACUGUGUCAUCUCUCAUUGCGUCAGGUCCCCUCAAGCCACCACCACCGCCUGCAGCACCAUCAGGGAGCGGCGCAUGCGAUGCCCCACAUGCCGCCACGUGGCAAGGGCAUCGGAGAUUGCCUACGUGGACAACCGCAGGGAUCACCAUGGAUACCCUGCUGGCGCCCUGCAGGCGAAUCAGGAGUCAGAUGCGGUUGGAAGCGGUGAACAACGAAAUUCUCCAUGCCAUUGCAAUUUAUCAACACCAUCAUCGGCAUUGGCAUCAGCAGCAGCACUAUCACAUACAAGCAUGGAGGCACGUGGUUGCUGCUGUCGUGGUGGCAGCAGUGGUGCGGGCGGAGGAGGGAGGGAGGGCGAGGAGCAGGAGUUGCGAGAUGAAGUGCGGAUGCAGGAGGAGGAGAUGAGCCUUCGCACAGGGUUCGGCACCAAGCUGGACGCGGUAACGCGGCGGGUGUUACGGUUACUGCGCAGCGACCCAUCAGCGCGCAUCAUCAUCUUCAGCGCGUGGAGGGAGGUGCUGCUGCUCGUGCAGCACUGCCUGCACGCCAACGCUGUCCCCACCGCCUGUGCCUUCUCCCACCGGGAAGUGCCUCCAGCAUUGAAGCGCUUCAGAGAGGCCACUCCCGCAGCUGCCCUCUCCGCUCGCCCCAUCCGCCCCUCCCAUAAGCCCCGCACCAAGCGCCGCAAACGCUCCCUCACCUCUCCCCUGCCACCUGCCAUCCCACUGGCCGCUGCUGCUACUGCCGCUGCCACAGGCAGGGCAGCGGGGGCAGUGAGCAGUGCGCAAGGGGGGGAGGGCAGCGGGAGGGAAGCAGGAGGGGCCGGGGGCAGGGGAGAUGGGGAACAGUGUCGUGUGCUGCUGCUGGUUGUGGCGGUGGGGGGCAACGGGCUGAACGUGGUGGAGGCACAGCACGUGGUGUUUGUGGAGCCGGGGCUCAAUGCGGCCGCCGAGGCGCAGGCUGCCAACCGCGUGCACCGCAUCGGCCAGACCCGCCAGACCUUUGUGCACCGCUUUAUUUUGA